AUGCCGAAUUUCACCGUCGCCCUUUUCCAAAAGGCCAGCAGGAAGACCAAGAAGAAGGAGGGGGGCGCCAAGCGUGCCCAGAGAGCCUCCUCCAAUGUGUUCUCCAUGUUUGAACAAACACAGAUCCAGGAAUUCAAAGAGGCUUUCACACUUAUUGAUCAGAACAGAGAUGGUUUCAUCGAUAAAGAGGACCUUAAAGACACAUAUGCAUCUCUUGGUAAACUGAAUGUAAAGGAUAAGGAGUUGGAGGACAUGCUCAAAGAGGCCACUGGUCCCAUCAACUUCACAAUGUUUCUCACUCUGUUUGGAGAGAAGUUACACGGUACUGACCCGGAGGACACCAUUGUGAAUGCCUUUAAGAUGUUUGAUCCUGACGCAAAAGGCUUUAUACACAAAGAUGAGUUACAGCACAUACUGAUGACACAAGCAGACAAAUUCACUGCGGAGGAGGUGAAGCAAAUGUUCCAGUCAUCCAACAUGGACCAGACAGGGAACUUGGACUACAAAACCCUGUGCUACAUCAUCACCCAUGGGGAAGAACAGGAGGAGUGACAGGCACAUGACCUUAACCUACCCUAUUCAAGAUCACCCAUGGGGAAGAACAGGAGGAGUGAGAGGCACAUGAUGUUGCAUGUGGCUCUGGUCACACAAUACGCACACCACACACACACACACAC